AUGCCACAAAUAACCGACGCCCAGAGACUAGCAGGCCUUAUAGAGAGCCAGAGAAUCCGGUUCCUAGACCAGCCCGCCCGCCUCCGCCCCGGCCACGUCCCACAGCCCCGAGCCGCGCGGAGAGAUUCCAAGCCGCGCCGUGACGAGCGCCGCCGCCGCCUCAACGCGGUCAUUUACUUCAAGCAAGACGACCUAGUCAAGCGCCUCCAGGUCCUCGUCGCCCUACAGAAGACGCUGCUGUGCCUGCCCGACGAGAGCGUGUACCAGGCCGUGUCCCAGGGCCUUGCCGGCGUCGAGGGCCAGGUCCGAGCCGAGUCGACGGCGGUGGCGGCGGGCGGCGGCCCCGGCCCCGACCCAGGCGCGCUGAACCCCAUCCAGCUGUGGGACACGCUCCUGGUCAUUGGCCAGCAGGCUGAGCGGCUCGCGGAGUCGGUGCUUUCCGGUUAG